CUCAUAAAAACAAAAACACUGAAAUCAUGGAUAUGGAUGUUAGAUUAAGAUUUGUUAAGGAAGAUAAAGUUCGGAAGAGGUUCGAAAUUGUUCGAAAUGAAUCACCUGAUAUGAGAUCAUGUGAAAAGAGAGUAUCGUCGUCAAUUUCGGGGCCGGUAAUAUUGCAACCACGUGAUCAAACCGAAGGACAAGCGAACGAAAACGAUGAGGUCCUCGAGGACGAGAACCACUGGGG